AAACACCAAUUUCUCAAAAUCCUCUCUCAUUCUCUGAAGCAGUUGAUGUAACAUGAGAGAAAGAAUGGAAAGGCUUGUGCUUCUUCCUUUCACUAUUGGGUGCGUUUCUGAGUCAAGCAUUGCUGUUGGUGCACAACAACAUCCCAGAAGAUCCAAAUCAGAUACAAAUCCAUCUCCAACAAGAACUAAAGAAGAAGAAGAGGACGAGGAGGAAGGAGAUAGCCUUUCAAAACCAAACGUAUCUGUUGGUAUACACAGGCUCUUCAAGGGUUUCAAGAAUUUUUCUCAGUUGUUUGUUUACAAGGAUGAAAUGGAAGAAGAAGAAAUGGAUAUGGAAAUAGGGUCUCCUACAGAUGUGAAGCAUGUGACACACAUAGGUCUGGAUGGUUCUGGUUCUGGUUCUGGUUCUGCUGCUACUGCUGCAACAACUAAUAAGGUCUCCUGGGAUGAUCUUAUAUCUCAUGUUUCUUGGAGGCAGUUCGAGCUCUCUAGGCCUUCACAAUCUGAUGCUGAUGAUGAUGCUAUCCAUGUCAAUUCAGUGGCUCCUCUUCAUGAAUACUUGUCUAAAUCGAGUCAUAGAAUGAUGAAUCAAUGAUGUGAUUAUAUAUUUAAGACUGUAAAUCAUUGCCAAAUCCAAACCAGAGUUCUUGUCUCCCCUACUUACAUUUCAACGUAUUGGUUUCUUGGUGCUUAAGUUGUGAAGGGAUGAUCACUAUAUAUGAUGAAUGUAUAAUGUAGUAUGUGACAUUUCAACA